GCCCACAACUUCCAGUAUAACAUUAGUGGCGGGACCAGAGAGAGACGUCGACGCGGGUAAUGUAAACUUUCCCAUCCAUGGACAACCGUUAAACGGUAGCAGUUGGUAAUGUACAAAACGGCGACAACAACCGUAGAGAGGAAACGCCCACCGCCGGUUAAAAUAUUGUCCGGUCAGCUGAGGACGGCAGAGAGCCGGGGGACAGCCGACAUCGGGGAUGGGUGUGUUAUCAAGCUGGGCAGGGGCCGCUUUCUGCUGGUCUCACUGGUGUGGAUGCAGGGAACUGUACUGGAGGUCCAGCUGGACAGAAACACCGUGCUGCUGAUGGAUGAGACGGGAACCUUUGCUGUUCAAGGCGUCAACAACAUCCCCAAAGGGAAACCAUGUUUGUCCCAAGGCAAAUAUGUCAUGGUGAUGGGUGUCAUCCAGGCCAUCUCCCCGGAGCCAGUCAUCCGUGCAGUGAAGAUAGCAGACCUCUCUGAGCUCGCCGCGCAUCACAGGCAGAUGUGGAAGCUGGAGGUGGAGGACCUGCAGCAGGUGCUGGCCUGAAUGCAAAACUGUUGGUGCAAACAUCGCCUCGCUGGUGGCAGGAUGACCUGCUCCUGUCAUAUCCAGCUGGACCAUUCUAGUGAUUCUUGACAAAUGGAAAAAAAAAAAAACUACCUCACAGGACUGAACAGUGGAUUCUGACUGGAAGGUAUUAUGCAAGGGUGACAAAGACUUAGACAUGCGAAAACUGACUUGUAUUUUUGCAUACAGUAUUUACGCAGCGAAGUAAAUAAGAGGUUUUUUUUCCACUUGGCUCCUACUCAAGGAGUCUUGUAGAGAAGAAGUGGAGCUGCAGGCCUCGUAUUGCCUCUAAAAAUGAUCUGCUAACACUCGGGGAGAAAAAUGACAUCCAGAUAAGGGGGCAUCUUGGAUCGUUAACUUAAUGUAGGAAGUGUCUUGUCAGAUUAUACCACUAGCAUCAUCUGUUAUAAUUUGGCAUUUAUUUAGCGUAGAUAUAAGAUGGUUAUACAAAUAUUAAAUAAAGAUGACUUAGAUUUUCAAGUUCUCCACCUACUUUUCUCUACUAAAAACAUAAUAGAUCUUUAUGCAUACUGUAACAGGAUUAACAAAUUAAGAUUGUUGUUAAAACCAGUUUUUCAA